AUGGAUCACGGUAGAUCUAUCGUAAAUUCAAAAUCGUAUGAAUCAAUACAUAGCAUGCAUUCUGCAAGAAGGGAAUUGAAUAAUAAUUUAUUUUCAACAAGUACACCAUCAUCUUUGCCAUCAAUAGGUAGAACUAAUUCCGUCUUUGUUAAUCCUGUUAGAAAUGACGAAAAUUAUUAUUAUCCAAUUACAAAAAUUCAGUUACCACCUGCAGGAGAUGCAAAUGAAGGUUACUAUAUAAAGGCUGUGGGAUAUCAACCAUCUCAUGAUUUUGGUUAUAACAGUAUGUCAGGUACAAGGUAUAACAGUAUAGAUUCCAAUAGUAGUGACUUUGAAAUAGGGAAUAGGUUGAGACAACUAGGAAAAAUACAGGAACCACAAGAAGAUCCUCGCCAACAAUAUAUAAAUGUUCCUUAUAGAGUAGGGGAUAUGGCAACUCAAAGCUCUUACCCAAGUAGUUACCCAGGUGGAAAAUAUCAAAGAAGUACCACAAAUGGUUAUAUAUCAGGACCAACAGCCUCGGUAUAUCGUCCUAAUUCAAAUAUAUCUAUUCCUGUUCCACAUAUGUACCCUGAGGCGGUCACAAAUAAUUCUAAUACUGGACCAGCGUAUGACAAAAUUAUUAGAAGUAUUAAUAAUGAAUAUACCCCCAAUAAUUCUCAAUAUCCCCAACCAAUAUAUCAAUUUAACCCUACAAUCACUAACCCUCAACAACAACAACAACAACAACAACAACAACAACUUGUACAGUACCCAGUUCAAGAACAUUAUCACUAUCAGUUGGGAACUGAUAAUCAGGAUGUCCCUCAUUAUGGGAAAAUUCCAAGCCAUUUCCAUAAAAAGAAAAUAAAUCAAUGUAAUAUCUGUGGUAAAAUAUUAACAAGACCUAGUUCUUUACAUUCUCACAUGUUCGUACACACUGGUGAUAGACCCUAUAUAUGUAAAUGGCCUAACUGUGGCAAAACAUUCAAUGUAAAAAGUAAUAUGAACAGGCAUUACAAAUUACACUUGAAGAGACAAGUUAUAGACGACAAACUUGGAAUCAAAAGAAAUGAAGGGGAUAAAUUAAUAACUGAAAAUAAACCAUAUAUUCUUUCGCACAAUGAGGUAGGACGCUAA